AUGGAACGGCAUAUGAAAAGGAUAUUAUAUCGUCGACCAUAUAGAACAAAUUUAGAAGUAUUAAGAUUACUGUAUUUUCUAAUUUGCAUAUGUGAAACAGUAAUAGCACAACCAGCAGAGCAGAGUCCAUCGAUUGAUCCUAAUCAUUAUAUUCCAGGAAGUAGUCCAUGUUACGAUGAUAUGAAUAUUCCACAGCGAUGUGUUCCAGAUUUCAUAAAUGCUGCAUUCAACCUUCAGGUUGAAGUAACUAAUACAUGCGGCCUUAAUGGGCCUUCGAGUUAUUGUGUACAGACAGGUCAUAGUGGCGUACGUAAAGUUUGUGAUAUUUGUGAUAGCAAAGUUGAGGCAUAUGCUCAUCCUCCUGCUUAUUUGACUGAUUUUAAUAAUGCUAAUAAUGAAACUUGGUGGCAAUCGGAGACGAUGAACGAAGGUAUGCAAUAUCCGAAUAGUGUUAAUCUAACGCUACGUCUUGGGAAAACAUUCGAUAUUACCUAUGUGAGGUUGAAAUUUGUCAGCCCAAGACCGGAAAGUUUUGUAAUUUUUAAAAAAACUCAUCCCGCUGAUGAUUGGAUUCCAUGGCAGUAUUAUAGUGGAUCAUGUCGUUCAACGUAUGGAUUACCUGAGAAAGCACCAAUUUUACCGAGUAAUGAAGCGAUAGCACAAUGUACUCGAGAAUUCUCUGAUAUUUCUCCACUAACUGGUGGUAAUAUUGCAUUUUCAACAUUGGAAGGAAGACCGAGCAGUCAAAAUUUUGAGGAGAGUGAAACGCUACAGGAUUGGGUGACAGCAUCUGAAAUACGGAUCAUGUUAACACGAAUGAAUACAUUUGGUGAUGAAGUAUUUCGAGAUGCAAAAGUCUUACGAUCCUAUUACUAUGCUAUAUCGGAUUUUGCUGUUGGUGGCAGAUGUAAAUGUAACGGACAUGCAAGUGAAUGUGUGAAAUCAACAGGUGAUGGUGAAGAUCGUUUGGUAUGUCGAUGUGAGCAUAAUACAAUGGGUGCCGAUUGUGAUCAAUGUUUACCGUUUUACAACGAUCGACCGUGGCGAGUUGGAACUGCAAAAGAGGCAAAUGAAUGCAUUGGUAAUGUUUUGGUUGAUAAUAAUAAUAAUAAUAAUAAUAACGCAUGCAACUGUAGUCAUUUAUCAAAUCGUUGCUACUUUGAUCAGACAUUAUUCGAACGUACCGGUAGCGGGGGACAUUGUAUUGAUUGUGCUGGCAAUACACAGGGAGCACAUUGUGAGGAAUGUGCACCUUUUAAUUGGCGUCGUCCUGGUGAACAUUAUUGUAUUCCGUGUCAAUGUAAUGAAAUUGGAUCGUUAGGGAUGCAAUGUAAUGAACACGGUCAAUGUCCAUGUAAACCUGGAGUGGAUGGACAAUUUUGUGAUCGUUGCAUGAAUGGAUAUUAUGAAUUCUCAAUUAGUGGAUGCAAGAAUUGUUUAUGCGAUAAAGCAGGAUCAUUGAACAAUGAACCGGUUUGUGAUUCAGAAACAGGUAGUUGUAGCUGUAAAUUAAACGUAGAAGGAAGACAGUGCAAUAAAUGUAAGCCUGGAUAUUUUGAUUUAUCAUUGGAUAAUCAGUUCGGUUGUACACCAUGUUUUUGCUAUGGUCAUUCGUCCAUCUGUUCAAGUGCUGAUGGUUAUUAUGCAAUGAAUGUGAGCAGUAAUUUUGAUGAUGGGAAGGAACAUUGGAGUGCUGGGUCAUUACGUGGACCGGAAGAUAUUCAAUGGGCUGAAAUGGAUAAAGCUAUCGCUGUUUCCGAUAUUGAUGGAUCACCGGUAUAUUUUGUUGCACCAAUACAAUUUACCGGAGAUCAACGAGCGUCAUACAAUCAGGAUUUAUGGUUUACACUACGUGUACAAAAAGCGCAAGUACAUCCUAGCGCAAGGGAUAUAUUAAUUGUUGGCCAGGAAGGUCAAGAAUUAACCAUACCAAUUUUUGCACAAGAAAAUCCAAUGCCAUCUGUAAACGAGCAAACAUAUCGUUUUCGGAUUCAUACAAAUCCGAUAUUUCAGUGGAGUCCACGAUUGAAUGAAUUAGAUUUUAUUGGAAUUCUUUCUAAUGUUAGCGCCCUCAAAAUUCGUGGAACUUAUUCAGCUGGAGAUGUUGGCUUUUUGAGUAAUGUUCACCUGGGCUCAGCUGGUUUGGCUACUCCAGCUGAUGAACCAAAAGAGGCGCAUUGGAUCGAAUCAUGUAGCUGCUUGGAAGGUUUCAUUGGACAAUUUUGUGAAUCAUGUGCUCCCGGAUAUCGUCGUGAAAUAAAAUUCGGUGGCCCAUUUGACCGAUGUGUUAAAUGCGAAUGUCACGGACAUUCCACUUCAUGUGCACCAGAAUCAGGUGAAUGUAUUUGUGAACAUUAUACGGCCGGUGAUACGUGUGAACGUUGUACUCGUGGUUACUACGGUAACGCACUGCAAGGUACGCCAAAUGAUUGCACCAAAUGUCCGUGUCCAGAAGAUGGUCCAUGCGUUCUGCAUACCGACGGCGAUAUUAUUUGCACCGAUUGUCCAACCGGAUAUACCGGCCGAAGAUGUGAUGUUUGCGCUGAUGGUUUCUUUGGUAAUCCAAGUGAGGGGAAAUCAUGUGUGGAAUGUUCAUGUAGUGGAAAUAUCGAUCCGAAUAGUAUCGGAAAUUGUGACUCAUUGACUGGUGAAUGCAAAAAGUGCAUUUAUAAUACAGUUGGGUUCAAUUGUGAGGAGUGCAAACCAGGCUAUUGGGGUGAUGCACUUUUAAAGCCAAAAGCAGAUUGCAAAGCAUGCAACUGUUUUGCGCCCGGUACUAAACGUCCUAACGUGGAUUACGUUGUAUUAGAAUGUCGACAAAAUGAUGGUCAGUGCAACUGUCAACCUCAUGUGAUCGGAUCACAAUGUGAUCAAUGUCAG